GACUGCUGCUGUACUUCCCCCUUCUUCUUCCUUGGCAUCCACAGAUCCACACCGUCAAAAGCUUGGUUACUGUCAAGUAAGAGAUCACUUACUCUGUUUUGCUUGUUUUCUCAUGGAGUAGUUGUGGUAAAAUAAGGGCUGGAAUAAAAAGUUUGGCAGCAGGACAUCCCAGUUUAGGCGAAUGGCGACGCUCACAGUGGUUAUAGACGAUCACUGUACAGUUGUUGAUAGGGAGAAAAGGCGAUUCAGGUGCAAUUACUGUGGAAAGGAGAUAACUCGUCGUUGUCGUCUUCAGAACCACUUGGCAGGAAUACGUGAGAAAGUACUACCCUGUGAUGAAGUUCCAGCGGAAGUGAGGGCGCAAAUGAAAAACGAGAUAAUGAGAAGAAAGAAAGCAGUUGAGAACACUAGCUCUAAAAACCACUGUACUCUUGUUGAUAAGAAAAAAAAGCGAGUUAAGUGCAAUUACUGUGGAAAGGAGGUAACUACUUGUCAUCGUCUUAAGAACCACUUGGCUGGAAUACGUGAAAAUGUACUACCCUGUGAUGAAGUUCCAGAGAAAGUGAGGGCGCGAAUGAGAAACGGGAUAAUGAGAAGAAAGCAAGCAGAUGCGGACGCCAGCUCUAACAACCCCCUUAAGCAAAAUGGCGAACUUCAUGAGUCCAGUCAACCUAGUUUGUCAAAGAAGAGGAAGCACUGCGCUAUAAUUGAGUCUGGAUUGAAAGAGAAAGAUGAGAAUACACAGAGUUUGAUUGACCACAAACAGUUAAAUGCAGGGAAGAUUGCAAAAGUAGCUCAAGAUAGCUCAUCCAGGCAGCUCCAGAGGUGUAUUGGCAGAUUCUUUUUCGAAAACGGUAUAGACUUUAGUGCUGCAAACUCGCCUUAUUUCCAGAAAAUGAUACGUGCUCUUAUUGGAUGUGGAUCUGUGGUGUAUAAGGUGCCCAGUUGUGAUGACCUCAAGGGGUGGAUUCUGCAGGAAGAACUGAAAGCAUCAGAAGAGCAUGUCCGAGAAAUUCUGCAUUCAUGGGGAAGCACUGGAUGUAGCAUAUUGUUGGAUGGGUGGACCGACGGGAAAGGGAGAGAUUUUAUUAAUUUUGUGGUUGAUAGCCCAAAGGGUCCCAUAUUUAUGAAGUCUGCCGAUGUGUCAGAUAUUGUAGGAGAUGUGGAUGCCAUGAUCGCAUUAUUAAUUGGAGUUAUUGAGGAGGUUGGAGUUCAGAAUGUGGUUCAAAUUGUCUCAUAUACUACUCUUGGCUCAGUUGGCGUUGCGGGCAAAAAGUUAACAGAGAAAUACGGGACUAUAUCCUGGACUGUUUGUGCAUCUCACUGCAUAGGCCUCAUCUUGGAUAAGAUAGCAAUGUUGAACCCUUGGAGAGGUGUGCUUGGCAAGGCAAAAGAUAUUAUCAAGUUCAUUUGCAGUCAUGAGAUAGUUCUGAAGCUUACGAGGAAACACACUUUUGGGCUGGAUAUAGUCAGUUCCAGGAGGAUUAGCUCGCUGACGCCAUUUCUAAUGUUGGAGAGAAUUGAGUCUCAAAAGAUGAAUUUGAAGAACAUGUUCAGUUCAUUAGAAUGGAAGAAGUCAACCUUAGCUUCAACAGUUGAUGGAAUGCAAGUGGUUGAUUUAGUCUCUGGAGAGUCAUCUUUCUGGACUGAAGCCCAGAUGCUUUUGAAGGGAAGUAUUCCACUCAUACGUGCUCUGCAUCUAAUUAGUGGAGGAGACAGUAAACCCCAGUUGGGAUACAUAUAUGAAACAAUGAAACAAGUAAAGGAGCAAAUAAAAGAGGAGUUUAAUGACAAUGAAACCAAAUAUCAGCCUUUCUGGACAGUUAUUGAUGCGAUUUGGAAUAACCAACUCCAUAAACCUAUCCAUUCGGCUGCCUACAUUUUAAAUCCGAGUCUCUUUUACUGUGUGGAUUUCAAUGAUGAUGCUGAGAUUAAGGACGGGCUUUCGCACUGCAUUGAGCAAAUGGUAGAGGAUAAACGUGCUCGAUAUUUAACAUUAUUACAGUUGGAUGACUAUAUGCAGACUAGGGGUACUUUUGGCGAUGGGGAUGCUAUUGAUCAAAGAAUGACGAUUUCUCCAGAGAAAUGGUGGUCCUUGUAUGGAGGUGAAUGCCCUGAAUUGCAAACUUUUGCUAUAAGAAUUUUAAGUCAGACGUGUACUGGUGCCUUGAGAUAUGGUCUGAAAAGGAGUCUACCUGAGCAGCUACAUAUGAACGGAAGGAAUUGCGUUGAGCAAAAACGGUUGAAUGACCUCACAUUUGUUCAUCAUAAUCUCCGGUUGCAAAAUGCUGUAUCUGUUUCAAAGACAGAUUACAGAGAUAUAUUUCUUGAAGAGAUGGAUCAUCCAGUGGUUGAAUGGGUUCGUGGAGGAGACGUGAAAGAAUCAGUGGCUGAAUAACAUGGUGAUUAGAUUAAGGUAUAUGAAUCUUUUGUAGGCAAAGCUUGUCGUAAUGCAUAUACAUAGUCUGAAACUCUGAAUAUAUAACAAGAAACAGAAUUUAAAAAAGUUGUGGCUGAUGAGUCACUUCAGGAGAUGCCACUCCUUGGCUUACCUUUUGUAUACGAUAUUGCAGCAUCUGCAUUAAUUUUCUAAGUCUCGGUUUCAGUUUGAAUUUUUCUCUUUGAAAAAAGUCUGAAUCGAGUUAGUUUCCUUUUCACUCAUAUUGUAUUAUCUCAGCAUCUGCAUUAUCUUAUAUAUAUUGUGAUUAUGAACGAUGA